AUGUCGGGCAUGCCCGCACGGAAGGGCACGAUCCUAUCGAUCUAUGGGAGCAUGCCCCCCGAGAUAGAUGACAUGAAAUCUGGCCAUCGGCACUUUUCUGUUCCCAAUUCAAGACCGGAAGCCGCUCUGAUGGCUGCUUCAAGUUUAGAAAUGCCGGAAACAAACCAGAUGACUCGUUCGGGCAAGGACCUGGUGCUAGAGGAGCAACGAAAGCCCACCGUCGAUCGAAGACCAACGAGACAGGCAGAAUUCGCCAAAGAAGUUGCAGAAGCUGGAGGAGUGGAUGACCGCUCCGAAGACGAGCUUGCUUGA